AUGCAUGCUCAUAACGAGAUGAAAGGCAUGUCGACUCUUGUGAUUGGGCGCAAGGAGCUCUUCUCCUUCGCAGACCGCUACAGCUCACGGCGCCUCAGCGACUACAGCAGCCUGGCAGACGGCGAGGUGCUCUGCUGCCUCUUCAACCUCGUCUUCCCUGGCCUUCGUAUUCGUCCAGCACCAGCGCAGACACACUCGAGCACGCAGCGGGCACACGCGAACUGGGAGCAGCUCUUUCGCCGCUUUGCACGGCUGCACAUCCCCCUUUCGUUCCUCGAUCCCGCCGCCCUCCGAAGCGGCAGUGUCGAGUGUGGCUUCAGCACGCUCGUCCUUUUCUACUUCUUCCAUCACCUCUCAAAGCAGCCGGACUUCUCGGCCGAGUUCGCGCUCGACGUGGCCGAGGAGGUGACCACCUACCUGCAGUCGACCGACUGCAUCGCCACCCUGUUGCUGGGAGGCGCACUUCAAUGGGCUGCGGUGCCAGAGCCGCUGGCGGAGACGCUGCGCGUGCACCCGGCUUUCCACACAACUGCGGAGGCGGAGAUGGCACAGGAGGAGGAGGCUGCCCGCACCUACCGCUCGAUGUUUGCGCGACGGCGUACAGGCAGUGCCAACAGUGUCCACAAACUUCCUGCGACUCGACGUGCACAUUCAUGCACGACAGAGAAGCAGUCGGGAAUCGGCGGCCCGAGCAGCACAAGACUCGCAUACACCUCCUCACCCUCUGCGGCGUCGUCGUCUACCCCGGGUUUAAAAGUCACGGCGGAUUCACCACCCCCGCGACCACCACUCCGCAACUCGUCUGCACAGUCCACUCGCUCCUCCACGUCUAGACUGUCGAGCAGCAACGAUGUGGACUCGUCUGUCGACUUCUGUGGGCUGCAGCGCCAAUGCAGCUCUGAGAGGCGCACGCGCAGCGCCGAGGCGUGUGACGUAUCCCAGCCAAGGGCCCAAAGUCAGCGCAGCUCAUCAUGGCGUAGCGCAUCGUCAUCGCGCUCAUCUGGGAAUUCCCAUUCCUCGACAAUGACUGCUCUGUCAUGCCAGUCCUCCGGCACGGCAGACACAGCUGUCGUAAAGCCGUCUCGUGUGCCCUACCGCUCUGCCUCCUCGGUGAGCGCCGCAACCGGGUCGCAGGGGUCAGCGGUGCCGUCGUCACGCGCACGCGACGUGGCGCUCGAAGCUGCACUGCAGUCAAAAGAGGCGGAGUGUGAGUCACUUCAGAUGCAGGUGGCGCAGCUGCUGACUCUUCUCGCCAACACGCGCGCUGCCGACACCGCCUCAGCAGCCACCAACGGCGGGAGCCACGUGCGCAGUCCCAGUCCGCGCGCAGCAGCAGCGGAGCAAAGAGGUGACAUAGCGGAUGAUGCGUCCACAGCACGACUGCAGCUGCACUACGCUGACCGCAUCGAAGAGCUAGAGACACAGCUGCGCGCCUACCGCGAAGCCAGCGACAAGCGACAAGCGCUGUCCUCUCCCUCUCCCGCACCAGCAGCACCCGCACCCCCACCGCCAUCAGGCGCUACGAUGGACAAGGCUGCGCUGGAGGCGGAGAUCGCGGCACUGACGGCGAACAUCGUCGAUGACGAGACGGGGACUACCGUCGUGGAUGUGCAUGAGAAGGCGAACCUGCUGCACUGCCUUAUGCUGGAGCACCUGCAGGAGGCCCCGCGCAAUCGUAAGCAGAUGCAGCAAUGGCUGUGGUCGAUCGUCGCAGCGCACCACACAAUGGAGGGGAGGUUGAUGGCGGCGGUGGACCUACUGCGCCUGUGGAGCAGUACGCUCCCGGCCGCUGAUGUUGGUGCGACCGCGGUCGCGAAUUCUUCCGCCGCCAACAGGGAGGCUUCCUCAGUGGCGCAGCGGAGUCAGUCGACGGUCGCGGCGCCCUUCUCUGCGGCAUCACCGGGUAGAAACUUCGACAGAGCGGACAGCAAAGGCGCCGACCACGAAGAGAUGACAGCCUUGCGUAGUGCUCAUUAUGCGGAGCUGGAAGCCCUUCAUGCACGGGAGCACCAGCUGGCGGCAGCACUGCAGGCAGCGCAGACAAACAACGCCGCAACGGUGCAGCGGGCGGUCCGGCGGGAGCGGCUGUGGAAGUCGCUGUGCGCGUCCGUCUACGCAGCGGAGCAAGCCUCCUACGCGAUCACGGAGUGCCGCACAGCUGAGGAAGUUGAGGAGCGGCUGCGUCAGCGGGAAGAGCACUACGGCGUCGUAGAGUCGCUCACGCAGCAGCUGGUGGAGGAUGGCGAGCAGGAGGGGGAGACAUGCACGCAGCAUCACAAAAUAGAGGCGACAUCUGGAUCGCCUGCACCGUGCAGGUCGCUGCAGACGCUCGUGGCGCAACUGCAGGAAGAGCGCGCGGAACUCCUCAGAGACGUGACACGUCUGCACUAUGCGUUGGCGUCGCUGGAAGAGGAGAGGGGCUCUACGGUGCACGCGGAUGUAGUGAAGGUGCCAAAAGCGUUGCCGAGCAUGUCUACCUACGCGAGCACCGCAGCCGCGCCGCUCUUCAGCGAUGAUCUUCACAGGAAGUCUGCUGCUGUUGCAGCCGGCGGUGCAGCGGGCACGAGCACUGCCCGUUACGAGGGCAAUCCGUCGACUGGGACGUAUUCGCCAGGCCCUACCAGUACACCUCGUGGGCUCACCUCGCUCUUGCAGCUCCGGGAGGGAGAAGAACUCCCGGCAUGA